AUGGACUUAGAGAUAGUGGAAGAAAAAAUAAAAAAACUUGAAGAAGAGAUUCAGAAAUUUGGAGAUCGGGAGCUAUGCAAAAUAGAAAGAGUAAAAAAUGAUAUAGAACUACUAGAUAUACACGUAAAAGAAUUGAAGAAGAAAAGAAUAAACAAACAAUUGGUGAAUGCUAAUAAAUCACUUGAACAGAAAAUAUUGCAAAAAAAACAGAAUUGCAACAAUAAACGAAAAUAUGUAAAGGGUAUAAAAAGAGACAUGCUUUUUGAAUUGAAAUUGUUAAAAGAAGAAAAAAAAAAAAAUGACAGGUUAUUACAUAAACAUUUUAAUUUUCAUUUCGUAAAGGAAUUUACAAAUCAAGUUAAACAAACAUUUUUAGUUUUAAAUGUACAAAGAGAAUUCUUAUUUAAGUCCAUAUUUGAAAAAAUAAACAAAAUUAAGAAUAAAUCGAUUACAUAUUUUCAUAAAUUUUUAAGUAUACAAAAAGAAAUUGAUUUAUUAUUCAAAUCGAUAAGUAAUAAUGCCUUAACUGAUCUAUUCGUUCUGUCAAAAAAUUCUUUAUUUUUUCAAAAACAAGUGGUCAAUAUUUUCCAACGAUUUUAUCAACAAUUAGAAACUUCUUUAACUGGCUUGUGA